AUUAGGUAACUUAAACCCAACCAAAAUGAAUGCACUUUUGCUGAGAUCGACGACUAUGACAGGAUUGUUGCUCUUUCUAUUUGUUGCCUGUAGCGCCGAGCGCUAUUGGGACUAUGAGCCUCUGUCCAUAACCACAAGCACAACAGAUCCAACGAAAUUGCGCAUUGACGCAAAAACGGAACGAUUGGGACGUGAUGAAUAUGCUUUAACCAUAAAUUUUGACUUAAACUAUGACAUAGAUGAUACGACCAUGAUGGAGGCGAUAGCCUUGCGGAGCCCAACGGGCAGUGAAGAUGACUAUAGGCCGAUGCCCUGGAGCAUGGAGAAACAGCCCUUCAAUCAGGGUCUUAAGAACUAUUACGCUGACAUAUUAUAUAAAAACUUCGGCCCCUGCUCGAACCUGCCGCUUCCCGAAAACGUUUACCCCGUUCCCAAGGAUAAGUACAGGUUGGAGAAGUGUGUGAUCUCUGGCGAAGGGAUGCCCGAAGUGGCGCCUAAUGGUUACUAUAAAGUUAUUUACAAUGUUACCGGUGAAGUCGACUGGGCUUUGGUAUGCAUUGUGAAAGUAUUCCAAAAAAAUGAUUUUAUGGGUUAAAAAAAAAUUUUUGUGUUUGCAAAUGGAAUAUUAAUUUUUAACAGAAAUUUUAACAGUAAGGUCAAAUUGUUUACAAUAAUUUGCGUUUAAUUGUUUAUGUACUUCUCUGAAUAGCUUAUUCAGCUAUAAUAAAAAAAAAAAAGUUUCAAUAUUCUAUAAAAUUAACAGUUCUUCGGCAUAUUAUUAUGACAAUGAACAAUUAGAAAUCAAAUAGUAAAUAUUUUGAAUGUAAAAAGUUUAUGAAUAUAUAUAAAUAAUAUAAUAAAUGUUGCUGCUAUCUUCACAUACA